CGGUUGCAGGCUAUCGAGUUGGAUGAUCAACCAUGCUCGUGAUGAAUGGCGGAGCAGGCUCGAAGGGCCGAAUGGCCUACUCCUGCUCCUAUAUUCUAUGUUUGUAUGUUAUAAAAAAAAGAAAUUAGAAAAAAAAAUCGCCAGUUUUUUGUCACAAUUGUCCCAAGUACAAAUGAUGGAAUAUUGUAUUUUUCUAACAAGCCUCUAUUAUUUAUUCCUAUAUAUCCUGACCUACAGUCUAGCUACUGUUAGGGGACCUUUAUAUUACUCCCACAAGUGACUUCCUACCAUUACUAUUUCUUACCUCUACCUGUAACUCAAUACUGCAUCCAAAUGGCCACCCUAAACCUAGGUAGCAUCAGCAAACGAAUAAAGCAUGGAGACAAAGGAACACUUAACCCCAUAGAGGUUCCAUCACUUCUGGAUUGCCAGAUGUCCCCAGUUAUUGCCAAAAGAAUUUCUGACUAGAGUUUUGAGGACAAACCUCUAAGAUGUUCAUUUUUACCAGAAACCCAUAUCAAGACCUUUUUUAUUGUGACUGAAAAGAAUACAAUGACACGUUGGGCUCGUGCUAACAACAUCCACAAAAAGAAGCUCCUGGAAGCUACACCAUGGAGUCAGAUGAAACAGAAUGGUGAUAAUGGCCUGAAAAGGGCAAAACCAAAAAACGGUUGGGUUAAAAAACAGCCAGCCAGAGACUAUAAGAAGCCGGAAAAAUUCAAACGUAAAGAAAGCGAAUGGUACCACAAGAAAGAAGAGUAUCAGAGUGAAGAUGUUAAUGGCUUCAUGGAUUACCUGAAAGCAACAGGCCAGGUUCUCCAUAGAGGAACAGUAGUGUCAACGGACAGUGAAAAAGUUGAUGCAGCACUAGCUCUGAAGAAAGACCAGAGACGGGAGCACAGAAGAUUGAAGAGGCAAAUGCAAAAGAAAAAUACCAUGAUAUGUUUCCACUGCAGAAAAGCAGGGCAUGGGAUGGAACAAUGUCCAGAAAUGGACAGAGAUGAAGAAGAGAUGGGAAGUGGUAUCUGUUACCGAUGUGGCUCCACAGAACACGAGAUCCAGAAAUGCAGAGCAAAAGUUGACCCUGCUCUAGGAGAAUUUCCAUUUGCUAAAUGUUUUAUUUGUGGUGAAACGGGUCAUCUGUCAAGGUCCUGCCCAGAUAACCCAAAAGGACUAUAUGCAGAUGGUCGCUGUUGCAAACUCUGUGGCUCAGUGGAGCACUUUCAGAAGGACUGCCCAGACCAUCAGAACAUGAGCAAUUGUGUUUUAACUGUUGGCCGAUGGACAAAAGGAAUGAGUGCUGAUUACGAAGAAAUUCCAGUGACUUCAAACGUUCAUAAAGCGAAGCAGAAAAUUCCAAAGAUUGUCAAUUUUUAAACAGACCUUUGAAAUUAGGAUUUCAUCGACUUGCCUAGAAGGGCAUCCAGCAAGUCCAGAACAUUUAUCUUGAUUUAAAAAUCUGGAUGUUAUAUUUAAAUGGGAAGUGUACAAAAAAUCUGUUUAAUACCAGCAGGUGGAGCCAUUGUGUGUCAAAUUCAGGCCUAAUACAACCCAAAACAGUGUUCAUUGUACAUAAUUCAAAUAAAUGAUUCUAUGAGGUUGCACUGGGA